UCACAUUUUCUUCCUCCUCUCCCCGGCCGCCGACGAUUCUCUCCUCCACGUCCGACGAUGGGCGGCGCCGCCGACAACGCUUCAUCAGGAUCCUCGUUCCUCUCUGAUAAAUCGGCGAAGAUCUUCGUCGCCGGUCACCGUGGCCUCGUCGGUUCCGCCAUUGUCCGCAAGCUCCAGCAGCUUGGAUUCACGAAUCUCCUUCUUCGUUCUCAUUCCGAGCUUGACCUAACUCGCCAAUCCGAUGUCGAAUCGUUCUUCGCUAAUGAAAAACCUCGAUUUGUUAUCCUCGCUGCCGCUAAAGUCGGCGGCAUUCACGCCAACAACACCUAUCCGGCGGAUUUCAUCGCCAUUAACCUUCAAAUCCAGACUAAUGUCAUCGAUUCGGCCUAUCGCCAUGGUGUUCAGAAGCUAUUGUUCCUCGGUUCGUCGUGUAUUUAUCCGAAAUUCGCUCCACAGCCGAUUCCUGAAGACGCAUUGCUGACCGGUCCUCUGGAGCCAACGAACGAGUGGUACGCGGUGGCGAAGAUCGCCGGAAUCAAAAUGUGUCAGGCGUAUCGAAUUCAACACAAUUGGAAUGCGAUUUCAGGAAUGCCGACAAAUCUGUACGGUCCUAACGACAAUUUCCACCCGGAGAAUUCACACGUCUUGCCGGCGUUGAUGAGGAGAUUUCACGAGGCGAAGGUGAACGGAGCAAAAGAAGUGGUGGUUUGGGGAAGUGGAAGCCCUCUUAGGGAGUUUCUGCACGUCGAUGAUUUGGCCGACGCCGUCGCUUUCCUCAUGGAGGAAUACAGCGAUUUAGGCCAUGUGAAUGUUGGGAGUGGGAAGGAAGUGAGCAUCAAAGAGCUAGCUGAAUUGGUGAAAGAAGUGGUGGGAUUUGAAGGAGAUCUUGUUUGGGACAAAUCAAAGCCUGAUGGGACUCCAAGGAAAUUGAUGGACAGUUCCAAGCUUGCUGAAUUGGGAUGGAAUCCAAAGAUUUCUCUGAAGGAUGGCCUUGUGGAUACUUACAAAUGGUAUGUUCAAAAUGUGCAGCAAUGAAAAACGAAUCAAGAACACAGGUGAGUCCACCAUUUUCAAUGAUCUGUUUGAUCCUUUUGUUGUGAUUGUAGUUUAUAGAUCUGUAUUACUGAAUCAAAUUUGCUUAGAUCUGAAGCUUUUGCUGCUGCCUGAUAUAUGAUUUGAUGCCUAUAGAGAUUUCUGUCAUAUCUUUCUUUGCCAAUUAUGUUGAUCUUCUUACCAGUAGAUUGAGCCAGUUUGUAUUUCUGCAAUUGAGAAUAAAAUUUGCUGAUUUGAGAACCA